AUGUCCUCCACCUCACACCAUCGAAACACAAACCAGGCAGCAGCGAACUGCCAAGCAAAGCCGAGGUCCCUAGGCCACAGCUACUGCAACAAUGGCCACCGCGCUCUCCUUCAAGGCCGCCUUUGCAGUGGCCGCGCUCCUCUCCGUGGUCGCCGUCACCUAUGGCGCUCGCGCCCAGCAGCAGCCCGACCUGCACAACGCCACCGACUCGCAGUCGCAGGACAGAUCCUUGUUGUCCUACAGCAGUGGCUGGCUGCCGGCCAAGGCCACCUGGUACGGCGCGCCCACCGGCGCCGGCCCCGACGACAACGGUGGUGCGUGCGGGUUCAAGGGCACGAACCAGUACCCGUUCUCGUCCAUGACGUCGUGUGGCAACGAGCCCAUCUUCAAGGACGGCAAGGGCUGCGGCUCAUGCUAUCAGAUACGGUGCCUUAAGAGCAACCACCCGGCCUGCUCCGGCGUGCCGCAGACGGUGAUCAUCACGGACAUGAACUACUACCCGGUUGCCAAGUACCACUUCGACCUGAGCGGCACGGCGUUCGGCGCCAUGGCGAGCUGGGGCCUCAACGACAAGCUCCGGCACGCCGGGAUCAUCGACAUGCAGUUCAGGAGGGUGCCGUGCAACUUCCCGGGCCUGACCAUCACCUUCCGCGUGCAGCACGGGUCCAACCCCAUGUACCUCGCCGUGCUCAUCGAGCACGAGAACCAGGACGGCGACGUGGUGCAGGCGGACAUCAUGCAGAACAACUCCGGCUACUGGGAGCCCAUGCACGAGUCCUGGGGAUCCAUCUGGAGGAUCGACCCCAACCGCCCGCUCAGGGGCCCCUUCUCCAUCCGCAUCACCAACGAGUCCGGCAAGCAGCUGGUGGCCAAGAACAUUAUCCCGGCCAACUAUGUCGCCGACGUCGAUUACCGCUCCUACGUCCAGUAUACUAGCUAAUUGACCGACCACUGCACACGGUCGAUCUUAAUUAAGUGUUCUUUUGUUUAGUGGCUCUGCCGUUAUGGGCAACCGGACUCGAGGAUUUUUCACCUCAAUACUGUCGUGGUGUGUGAGCUAGUGUGUCCUGAAGAUGCGUGGGAAAUUAGAGGAGGCAAGCAUCAAUGUGCUCUCCCGCCCACACUGUCACUCUACCAUUACCAGAGUGUGUAACCAGCAAAUCAUGGUUAUAUAUAAUUUAUACUACUAUAUGGAGUAUCUGCUGCUAUUUAACUA